AUGUCAGCACUGACAUGCCGCUUCCAGGACUGGCCGCCUACGGCUGACUUUGCGCAGAAGUUUCCAGAAAUAUUCGAUCUGUUCGAGGACUGUCUCAUAGGGCCUUGGAUUACGUCAAGAAGAGGCCCCCUUAAUCUCGAAACGAACAUGCCGGUAAACUCGUGCCCGCCAGACACAGGUCCCAAGGCUUAUCUGGCUCACGGCGCGGCUGGCGGAACUACGACGCGUCUUCACUGCGAUGUGACAGACGCUACCAACAUGAUGUUUCAUGCGGAGAAGGGAUCGAAAGGCGGCGCGGUGUGGACGAUGAUUGACCGUAAUGAUAUGUCGCGUGCUGGGCAAUUACUGAGCGAAUGGAAACGCGGUUCUUUUGGAGAAGGGCACCCGAUUCAUUCUCAGCAGCUCCACCUGACCGACGAGGACGUUCAAGCCUUGAGAUUGGCCAAGGUCCGCGUUUGGACCCUCGUGCAACGACCAGGAGAGGCUGUCUUCAUUCCCGCUGGCGUCGGCCACCAAGUCACCAACUUGACCCCUUGCAUCAAGAUUGCUGUUGACUUUGUGACAUCGGUCAACGUCUCGUACUCACAAAAGAUUAGUGAAGAGCUUCGAGAACACCGGUUGGCUUGCGGUGAUAGAGACUCCGAAGACGUUCUGCAACUCGCUUCUAUGUGCUGGUGGACGUAUCAACGUUGGAAGAUGGAGAAUCUAGCCGAGACGCGCUCUGAUCCCAACUCAAAUCCUUGGAUCUCGACCUACUCUGCAGCCCCCGUGUACAUGCCGGUCAGCCUUCACGUCAACGAGCGCGCGACGGUCGCAGCCCGCGGCGAGAACGACUACGACUACGCACCUGAUGGUUCUGACCUCUCCAACGACCCGACUAACUCCAUUGCGCAGAGGCCUGUCGUCGAUGACGGCGAGGCCGCUUCUUCUCUCACUAAUUCUCAAGCUCCUGCACUGUCCUCGCCCACCCCUAUCCCUCGUGCAGCUGUUUCAUCGUCAACACUUCUCCCCUGCAAACGGCCAAACGCGGACGAAGCCUUGACCAAAACUCAGAAACGACGCUUGAAGAAGGCAAGGUCGGUAUACAACCAAUCUCUUCUGGACGCGGCGAAGACUCUGAGUUGUCCCAUCGGCGGGUGUAAGCGAGCUAAUGACAUGUUCGAUCGGCGAAAUCUACUCAAUCACCUGGAGAGCAUACAUCGGGACAACGUUCUAUUCUUACAUGAUAGAUCGAGCGCUGAAAUGGUCGAGAAGCGCAAACUAAUCCUUGGAACACACUUGGGCGACGACGCAGCCUUUGCGGAGUAUUUGUCGAGCGAAGUCCUGAAUAUAUCCUAA